AUGGAAGAAAAAGACUGUGACGACAAAUACGACGACGUCUCGUUGGUAAUAGGCUCACGUCAUCGUGGCGCUGCGAUCGUGCACGGAGAGUUAUCUGGCUGUUACGAUCGUUCCGUGUCGGAUCGCAAUCAGCUACCGGAUUUAACGUACGAAGAAAUCACGGCCGGCGAGGGGAAAGGAGAGAAGGAAGGCGAAUUUGGGAACGAGUCGAACGAGGACACUGACACGUCGAAGACGCACAUGGAAUUGGAUGAACGUCGGGAAGAAUGUAAAACGUGGCAGGAAGAAGGGAAAGAGGAACAG